UACUAAAUUAAUUUAUUAUUUUAACAAAUGUUUUUUCCGUUUGUUAAUUUUAAAAUCUUUUGAUUAUAAUACAAAAAUACAAGAAGUAUAGGAUUAAUAUACCUAGAAUGUUUAGAUAUUGUGUAGAGCGAACAUGAACAGUAGAAGUACUUAUCGACUAUCGUAGCUUAAUAUUUUAAAUAUUUUUUAUGAUACCUGUGAUAUACUGGCAAGUGAAAUUGUGGUAACAAUUACAUGAAGGAAAAUCCUGCGAGUUGUAAAUUGUUACAGAAUAAAAUAACGGAUAAUGUAUAAUUGUAUAUAACGUUAAAACUCGUCACAGCCAUCUUCAAGCGCUACUUAUUACCUAUAUCAGAGUUUCCGGUUCUUUAACGCGGCUCCCAUUUCCAAAUCCCUCGAAGCUCUUAGGAACCGCGACGCACAGUUUGAAUACUUUUGAGUCCUUUAUAGUUGAAAAACGAAGAAGAUUCUUAUAACUGAUAAGUGCUCAUGUAUUUUGUAUAAUAUUAUUUCGAUAUUAUGAUAAGCGAUAUCAUGAUAUUUUCUAAUAAUUAGAUUAUCUUAUAUAGUUAUAGGCUUAUAGCUUUCGAAUAGUUCGAGCCUCGUGACGGAUGGAGGUCUGUGCCAUUUGGAAUAUUAUUCAAUUAAUUAUGUUUAAUUUUGAAAUAAAUAUUAUUAAUUAUCUUAAUUCUUAAUACACAAAUCGUUGAGAAAAUGGGCAUAAAAUAAUUAUUAUUCUCCGAACAUGUAUUUAAAUAAUUAUGCAAUCCUACUUGUUAGUAUAAACCUACUAUAAAGUGUUGACAGAUCAAAUGUUCAAUAAAUAAUUCUACAUUUUACUGAUUUACUUUUAAAUAAUAUUUAAAAAUGCGUACCAAGUAUUGGACUAGUGCAAAAAUAUUUGCAAAAAAUUUUCAUUCUUCCAGCAUUAGAUUUAAAGCUACAGUAAUUGAUGGAAAAAGUAUUGCUAAUACUAUAUUAAAUGAGCUACGCCAAGAGACUCAAGAAUGGGUUUUGAAAGGGAAUCGAGCUCCCUGUUUAGUAGCAGUAUUAGUUGGACAAAAUCCAGCUAGUAAAAUUUAUGUGUCAAACAAAAUGAAAGCUGCUAAAGUUGUUGGUAUAGAAACAAAAACAAUUAAGUUCAGUGCAUCAACAAGUGAAAACGAGCUACUUGCAUGUGUCAAUAGUUUAAAUCACGAUGAAAGUGUUGAUGGAAUUCUAGUCCAGUUACCACUUCCUGAUCAUGUUACUGAACGAACUUUAUGCAAUGCUGUAGCACCACACAAGGAUGUUGAUGGUUUCAACAUUGUUAAUAUUGGAAGAUUUUGUUUAGAUAUGCAAUGUUUGGGACCAUGCACACCCUUGGGUGUUCAUGAGUUAAUUCGACGAACUGGAAUUCCUACUCUUGGUAAAAAUGCUGUUGUUUGUGGAAGAUCAAAAAAUGUUGGUAUGCCUAUUUCUAUGUUACUUCAUGCAGAUAAUGCAGGCGAGACAUCAGCAAUGGAUGCAACAACAACAAUAUGCCAUCGAUAUACACCGCCGGAUCAAUUAGCUUUAUUUACAAAAACCGCCGAUAUUAUUGUAUCAGCAGCAGGAGUUCCGAAUUUAAUUCGUGCUGAUAUGGUUAAACCAGGAGCAGCUGUCAUUGAUGUAGGAAUAACAAGGGUAGAGGACCCGAAAACGUCCAAAUCGUAUUUAGUAGGUGAUGUUGAUUUUGAAAAAGUGAAAGAAGUUGCAGGAUACAUAACACCAGUACCUGGAGGAGUUGGUCCAAUGACAGUGGCAAUGUUGAUGCGUAAUACAAUUGCUGCUGCUAAAAAAACUGUGAUUUAUAACAUACUUGAUCCUGGUGCAGUUAUAUACAAACAGGCAUCACAGAUAAAACCAUGAAUGCAAAUCUAGAUUGAAUGAAAACAUGAUUAUUGAAUGAUAUUUCUUAUGUGAUUACAAUAAAUAAAUGAAAGAUACAUUUAAAUAUUAA